GCCUACCGUGCCUCACAAUCUAGAAUUUCCGACUCGUCUGCGAUGACAAAUGUGCCUUGCGGUGUUUGUCCCGUGAUCCACGAGUGCUCGCCCAAUGGAAUCAUUUCUCCAAAGACGUGCGCGUACUACCAAGAAUGGCUCAAGUUCUAGUAACGAAGAAGAGGCGCCGCGAGGAGGAGCGAAUGCUGCGACGCCGCCGGGCGCUGGAGCUCCUGCUGCUCCAUCCGCGCGGCACGGUAUCAUGCUGGCAGCUCGCCCACAACAAGAUGCCGCCGUGGGCGGCAUUGGUCCCGCCGGGCGCCAAGAUGUCGCGGCACCAGGGCCGCGUCGUCAAUCAGCUCUUCCCGGUCGUCAAUCUCCGCCUCGCGGUGAAGCGCUGCCCCGAUGGAGCCCUGCCGGUGGAGGAAGGGUUCGUGGUCCAGCAGGGCACCAGGGCGGAGUCCUACUACAUUACUCGUUCCAGGAAUCAGGCCAAGGGCGUGGUGAGGAGGCUGCUCGAGGCGACGGAGGCGGCGUCGCCGGUGCUCACAGUCGCCGGGAAGAAGGUGAGCAUCGUCAAUCGCCAGGUUGAUCCGGCGGCCGUGGUGAGGGAGCUGGAUCGAGCCUGGAAGCCGCUGGAGCGGCCGCUCAAGCAGAAGAUCGUGCUCGGGGUGUUGGGGGCUGUCCGGAACUGCUCGGCCGGGCUGCAUUUCUUCCACUGGGCUCUCCAGCAGCCGGGGCUGGAGGUGGACACCGUGCUCUACAAUGGUCUCGUGGAAAUGCUUGUCAAGAGGGGCUACUUGGAUCAAGCUCUGCGGCUCUACGAGAAGAUGAAGAGGCCCGAGUUUGCGAGAGGGGGGUGUGCACCGGAUGGAGAGACGCUGGCGCUGCUCGUCCGGCCCCUUUGCCGGUCGAACUUCGAGACGGCUCUCUCGCUCGUGAACGAGGCUCUGGACGGGAGGAUGGAAGUUGGCGAUGAUCUCCUCCACGCGGUGAUAGUUUGCCUUUGCAAGAUGCAAGGAAGGCUGCCACUGUCGCUCAGGUACUUUCACAGAAUGAAGAGCCCCGGUGAUGAGACUUACCAGCUCUUGGUGAGGACCAUGUCCAAGGAGCAAUAUGUCUACGAGGCCUACGAUCUCAUUGUCUCGAUGGAGGUUGGCAAGGGGUUUCCCACGGACGACGUGACUUACCACUUGCUCAUCGCCGAGUUUUGCCGGAGGAAGGAACUGAGCCACGCUCAUGUCCUGCUGCACGACUUCAUGGACCGGGGAAGGAUCCCGUCGGUGCUGAGCUUCAACGCGGUGCUGGAGCUGCUGUGCAACAAAGGCGACCGGGACGCGGCCGAGAAAUCGUGGAACCUGUUCCAGUCCAUGAAGAGAAUGAGCGUGGCUCCCAACACGGUGACGUACUCCAUCCUCUUGCAGGCGCUCUCGAAUGGCAACCGUGUGGACCAGGCCAUGAUCCUCCUCGACGAGAUGCUGCGGAGCGGCUGUAUGCCGGGCUCCAUCACUGGCAGCGCGCUCGUCUCGGCUCUGGCCAGGGCCGACCGGGUGACCGACGCUCUCGACUUGGUACUGAGGAUGCACAGGGAGUUUCACACUCGGGUGGAGUUCCAGGCCACCUCCAACACAGUCUACGGCUUCCUCCGGCUCAAGCCGAUGAAGACGUGCGUCAGCGCCCUCAAGAAGCUCCAGGAAGUGAACUUCACCCCGGACUUGGCCAUGUACGACGUGGUGAUCGAGAUGCUGUGCGAGCGAGACAUGAUCAAGGCGGCCAUGCUCUACUUCAGCGACCUCAACCGGAGGAGCGUCCCGGACGUGAAGUCGUACGAGCCCCUGGUCCUGGCGUUUUGUCGAAACGGGAAGCUACCGGUGGCAUACAAGCUCUUUCGGCACAUGAUCGUGAGGGGGUGCGAUCCGAGCCUGACGAUCUACAAGGCGCUCAUCACGUCCUUCUGCCGCGGGGACAAGCUGGACGACGCGUGCAAGCUGCUCGAGUUUAUGUUCAACAAGGACGUGUACCCGGACGAGGAGCUGUACAGGACGGUGCUGGAGGGGCUGGAGAGGACGGGCAAUGGACAGGCUUUCGACGUGCUGAAGAACGCGCUCAAGGAGUCGGCGGAUGGGAGCCCGGGCGAGGUGAUGUUUAAGGCCGUGUUCAAGCUUCGAGGAUGCGUGAGGCCGGCCAAGGACUCCAAGGUGAAGAAGGCUCGCUCGCCCGGCAAGAAGCAGCCAGUGGCGCCAGCGGGAGGAGGAGCAAGGAUGGAGAACGAGACCGAGGCUGCCGAAGUGGUGGACGUGGUGUCCGGGCCUCCUCCGGACGAUACACCGGUGAAGGUGGUGCGCUUCCCAAUGAGGUUUAGCGACUCGGACCCGGAGAGCACGUCCGGGGACGAGAGCGACUGAGUUUUUUGCUCGUCUCGCCCGGCUGGAGCCCCAUAUGUUUUUCGGGUAUCUGGAUCACAGGGAGCAAGGACCGACUUAUACUCCCUACACUCUUGGACUUGGGAGUUGGAAGUCGAGAGUGUUCAUGGAGUUUAGAAAUGAAUCUUGGAAGCUCAGCAGUUGCGUUAAACCAUCACAAACUCCGAAGACAAGAAAGAUUUGUUUGACCGAGAUAUUAGCCGCCAACGACAAAGACGACACCUUGUACAAAGCAACAAACGUACUGAGAGAUGCCCAACUUGGGCAUAUGCUCUAAUGCAGUGGGUGAGGAGAUUCCAUCCUAUCUCAAACCAUUUGCUUUCAUGGAAUUGAAUUUAGAAAUGAAAGAAAAAGUCUGUGAGCUCAA